AUGGAUCACUUCAUGCCACAAAUAUUCUGGCAUGACCGGCAAGGACUCCUUUCCGUGGACCUGCACCAUUCCCUUCGAAGCGGGAACAAGUAUCGGCUCGUCACGGCGAGCGUUCAGAAGGAGGUCCGCGUCUGGGAAUUCGAAUUCGAAGUCGGCCUGGACCCGAAGACGCAGGAGCAGAAGCCACAGUUGACGGUCGGAUUCCUGGCGAACCUGGCCUUCCACAACCAGGCUAUAAAUCAAGUAAAAUUCAGCCCAAGCAAAGAGCAUGACCUGUUGGCGUCUGGAGACUGUGAAGGUCGGAUCACCGUCUGGAAGCUCAGCGAUCAGCCAGCGCCGCCACCACAGGACGAAAUGCCGACGAAUAAGGAGAAUUGGGUCAGGCACAAGGUGCUGAACCAUAACAGCGAUGUCAACGCGCUCUGUUGGAAUCCGGGAGGCACCCAGAUUGCCUCGGUAUCCAACGACCACACGCUGGCGGUGCACGAUGCGCUGACAGGCAAGCGUCUCUUCGUCGCAAGCAACUUCCGCUCUCCGAACGGCGUGUGCUGGGACCCAAUGGGCAAGUACAUUGCCACCAUGUCGCCAGAUCGUCGUAUGGAUCUUGUGGACGCCGUCAAAGGAACCCGCCUGAAGCACUUCUCGAGUGCCACCCUUCCGCCACGUGUGAUCCCUUCCGCCAACGGUGACCUUCAUCUGGAGGAGAAGGUUCACAAACUGUUUCACGACGACCAGCUCUUCAGUUUCCAGCGAGCCCUGUCGUUCAGUCCGAAUGGAGAGUACAUCGCUGCGCCGUGUGCACACUUGGAAUUGGGAUCAUCAGACUUAUAUGGAACGUACUUCUUCAAGAGAGAGGAUUUGGGAACGAAGGAUUUGCCCAAGGCCUUCUAUCCUGCACCAAAACCAACGUUCUUGGUUCGAUUCUCCCCCAUUACGUUCUCUCUGAUCCCUGGAACCAAGGAGAAUCACCUGGGACUGCCUUAUCGAUAUGUGUGGAUCUCGCUGAACAAAGAUGCCAUAUACUUCUAUGACUCCCAGCACAACUAUCCAGUCGCCGUGGUGGACAAUAUACAUUUGAACGCGCUGACGGAUGCCACGUUCAGCAGCGAUGGACGGGUGCUUGUGGUAUCGUCGCUCGAGGGAUACUGUAGCUUCGUGAGGAUCAAUAUAUCGGUGUGGGGAGAGAUCCAGACGGAAGUGGUGCCGACUUGCACAUCGCCAAUGCUGAUUGAGGAGAAGAAGCAGAAGAAGAGGAAAUCGAUGGUUGCUGGAGGAUCGGGGGAGCAGCCUGAGGUGGAGAAGAAGACGUCGCCGGUUGCACCGAAGACGCCGAAGACAGCGACUACACCGCUCACAAAGUUUUUCAAGAAGAAUUCAGAAGCGCCACAGCCUGUGGCAUCGUCAUCAGCGACGCCAUCAUCGUCGAAGAAGAGGAUUCAAUUGGUUUCACUGGAUCAGUGA